UCUAAACCAAACACUCUAAGGAAUAACAAUGAACAGUCUUCCCCUUCAAAACAAAGUUGCAAUCGUUACAGGAGCCUCACGAGGCAUUGGAGCAGGAAUAGCUGAGACCUUGGCGCGUCGCGGUGCCAAAGUAGCCAUCACCUUUACCUCCGACAGUAGCAUUGACGCGGUAGAACAAUUGGUGAAGAAAAUUAAGGGUUUUGGCACUUCAGCAGAUGCAAUCAAAAUUCAGGCAGAUCUACGUGAUAUUUCAAGUACUAAACAUAUUGUUGAUACCACAGUUAAAGCUUUUGGUUCCACCAUCCAUAUCCUUGUUAAUAAUGCCGGAAUCACAAAUGACCGAAUAUCGUUAGGAAGUCAUACCAUGGAAGAUUACAGAAAAAUUUUUGAUGUGAAUGUUCGUGGUGUCUUUUUUAUGACAGAAGCCGUAGUGUCUAAUCUUUCUCACGGCGAUAGGGGCAGUAUUAUUAAUAUCGGAAGUAUUGGUGGAAGAAUGGGAGUCCCUCAAAACUCUAUAUAUGGUGCAAGUAAGGCUGCUAUUGAAGGUUUUACUAGAUGUUGGGCCGCCGAAUUAGGUCCUCAUAGCCAUACCGUAAAUCAAAUUAAUCCAGGAGCUGUUGACACCGAUUUGCUGAAGGAAUAUGGAAGUGGAGGCAGACAGUUCGCAGAAAAAAUGACUCCAUUUGAAAAUCGCAUUGGAUUACCUUCGGACAUUGCUGAGGUUGUCGCUUUUCUUGCUGAAGAUAGAAGUCGAUGGAUCACUGGGCAGGUGAUCUCAGCUUCUGGCGGAUUGGCUAUGUAUUAGAUGGUUUAGAGAAAAUUAAAGUUAAAGCAGACCAUCGUAUAAGCAGUAUUCAAUCUGAUGAACUAAAUGCCGUUCUUUCACGUGUUGGAAACUUUUGAAAGAGUUUUUUAUAACGAUCGAUUCAAGCCCUUACUUCAGUAAAUAAAGGAUGUCGUAAAUGGAUUUAUUUUUGGACAUGGAGAGAUAUUCAUUUGCGAUUCUGAGGUCGUCGCUGCAGACGCUUAAUACUUAUACUCAACUGGGUUAUCUAAUAUUCAUGUAUUCAAGAAGAAUCAACUACACGAUAGAUCUUGUUAAGGAUAUUCUCUUCGAUAUCCUUUUCAUACUUAAGUUUGGAGUUUUUAAGCUCUUUUCUAAAGUUCACAGUAGAAUAAUGGUAAUUCUUCCAUAAUGCCUCUCAAUGUUUAUCCUAUUGUAAUUAUAUUUAAAAUUAAAGGUUAUUUAUUGAAAUUGAUUCGUUUAAUAAAUUUUUAUUAGUUUAAAGCCAAAACAAGAUCGGAAGAU